AUGUCCCAGUCCACGCGUACGGUGGAGUCCCCAAAAGCGACGCCAGACGACGUGUUGCCCCUCACACUCAACUCGACGAUGAUUCCCAUUAACACGCCCAUCGCAGGGGCGCACCAAGUGUUGCCGGCAAACUUGCAGCAAGUCGCGGCCAAUUCGACAAUAUCAACAACCACGCUUCCACCAGCGGACCUUGAGCAAGCAAUGCCCGACGAGCUUAUUCUCCAGAUCAUUGAAGACAGCAUUCCACCCUUCCUCGAAAUCGACCUCACCGCGUUAAAGGCGAGCGCGACCACAACCGGGCCUCAGAUUGCUGCCACCAACAUCGCCGACUGGAGAGCAACCCGCGCCCUCCUUCGACUGACUCCUCAACUCGCCCUGCUCACCGGCGCUUCGACCGGCCGUUACUUUCAGUCCACACUCAAUAUCAGCCUCACAAACUCCACCUUCAUUCCUGCUGAGCGAACCCUCGUCCCAGACUCCAUCCUCCAACGCUUUCCCAUCCUUAACUUCUCACUCCCCCUCUCCCUCCUCUCCCCCUCUGGCGACCGUAUCUUCAGCACCCUCACUUUGGUCUACAUUUCAGACGGGACCGACUGGUGGGCGGUCCGCCAAUCUCAACCAUGGAGCCACCUCAUCGCCCCAAACUCCGCCGCUGACGGGCAAGUGAUGGAGCUGAUCAACACGUACAUCGCCUUCCAUCUGCAGAAUGAAGUACUCAACGGACUCAUCGGUGGUGAACAGCUGCAGUGGUGCCGACAGGAGGUGGAUGUCAUGCUGAGGGUGCUGGAUCGGCAGUACUUUGUGGAGUACUGGCUUCCGGCUGGGUGGAGGCUUGAAGGGUUGGACGAGGGGAUUAGGCAGCAUGAGAGCUACAGGGUGCAAAGGCAGAAAGAGGAGGAUCUCAGGUCUGUGUGGGGGUUGGUAUUGGUGCUGUUUGUGGUGAAUUUGGUGCAUUUGGUUUGCUUUGGGCCGGAGGAGUGGUGGGUUGUUAUCCCGUGA